AUGGACUCCUCCCAAUACCAUCCGAAUUCUAUGAGCAACAACAAUUCGCCAUAUCAAUCUUUACCUAACAUCUCGCCGCAUCAACUGCAACACAACUCGUUACCCCCGCUCCAAGGCCCCCAGCACGGCGCAGCCAUGCAGCCUAUGUACGGCAGCGCGCCUCAUACACCGAGAACGCCGGUCACUCCCAACACUCCAGGCGCCGUGAACAACAUGGGAAACUUCUCGCAGAUGGGUGGACAGCAGCCAAGAGGUUAUCCCCAAAUGAUGCCCGGCAAUGGCUACCAGCAACCACCUCAACAAUACAGAACAUCGUCCUCAAUGAUGCCGCAGUCUUCUACCGCCAUGUCCCAUCCCCAGCCUAUUGCCCCAGCUCCGGCACAGAGCCGUAUGCCCCAGGCCCUGAGACCUAUGCCACCAAACGGUAUGCAUAUGGGACAACCUAUGGGUUCGCCUUAUGGGCAGAGCAUGAUGAUGCAAGAGAUGGACCCGCCAACUCAUGUUGUAGGCUCACAAGGCCGAAGAGGUAUUCUUCCGAGUGCUCCAGGCAGACCAGCUGUCACUGCAACCGGCACUGGCUCAACUAAAAAUGCCAUGAUUCCUGCUAAAGAUGCUGACGGAAAAUUCCCCUGCCCUCACUGCACUAAGACUUACUUACACGCAAAGCACUUGAAGCGUCAUCUCCUCCGACACACUGGUGACCGCCCGUACAUGUGUGUGCUCUGUAGAGACACCUUUUCCAGGAGCGACAUCUUGAAGCGUCACUUCCAAAAAUGUUCUAUUCGUCGCGGAAAUCCUACAGGAGCUAGUCAUCUGUCUCACGCACAAGCUCACUUGAAAAAGUCACACCCGGGUCCUCACAAGAGCACACCUUCGAUGUCGAGUGAAAACGAUAUUAUGAGCUCCAACGGGAUGAACAGCUUGGCCGACCCUGCCCUUCACCCAUUCGGCGUUAUUGCGGACGGAAGUGUACCAGACGCGGGCUCCAACCUGACCAACGAGCAGGCGGAGCAAAUACGAAAUGGCAGUACUGUUGGAGGAAGUAAUGGAAGAAGCAUAAGUGGUCCCGGAGGCUCGAAUCGAGCUAGCUUCGAUCAAAGCUAUGCCGGUGGCACCCUGCCUCCUGGUAUGAACCCUUCACUUGCGUACAAUAUUUCCAGCGGUCUAAACGGUCACCAGGGCUUUGAUUUCGCCUCCCAUGGCAACGGCAUGCAACCUCACCCUGCUUCCAGCAUGUCGACCGUGCAGAACGGACGAAGUGUAUAUCCAGUGACUAGUGCAGGACAACAGCAGAGUCUGAAUGGUUGGCAAUCGAUGUAUCAAGCCAGUCCUCAAGCUGGAUUUAUGAACUCGUAUAACCAAAGUAUCAAUACCCAUCAUGUACCAAUUAAGUCGGAACCGUCCAACAAUUCAAGCAGUACCCUUUAUAGUGGCGUCUACAGCAGUGCAGUGAAUGGAGUCGCUGUUUCUGUCUCGGAUUUUCCCACCUGGCAUAACCUUCAAAAUGAUCCCCUCCAGUCCGUAUCCAGCAGGUUAAUAAUUUUCUGCUUUCCAAACAAUCAAAUCAUUGGUCGCAGCAAUGACAUCAGAAAGUAUCUGUCUGCCGAGUAUAUCAAGCAUUUCUUGGAGCUCUUCAGCAAUUUUCAAGGCCAUUUCCCCAUCAUCCAUAUGCCUACCUUUGCAACAUCCGACGCUUAUGACGGGCUUCUUCUAGGAAUGAUAUGUGUUGGGGCUGUUUACUCGGACCGUAUCACUCCCUCUCAAGUCCGCGACAUGGUGGAACUAUCCAAGGCAGUUAUUGAGCGAAACUCUUCUGUUCUUGUAAACCUCGCUCAAGAUCAAAGCUCGGACGUUGGACUGGGAAAAGAAUCGCACAGCUCAAGUAAAACCGAACUCGAGCAAAUCACCGCCAUAUUUCUGAUGCAGAUGUUGUCUACUUGGCACGGCACUCCAGUCCAGCGUGAAAUGGCACGCAUGCGAUUUCCCACCCUCGUUGCACUUGCACGAAGAGCUGAUCUGACUACACCAAUGACCACGUCUGCCACAACUCCAUUUAGUGUUUUGCAUCAACGACACGUUAAAGUUGAGAACUUCAAUUCGGUCAGCUUCGACUGGAACGCUUGGGUUGAGCAGGAGAAACGAUCCCGACUAAUUUUCGCAAUAUACCUCAUGGAUGCGACAAUGGUUAUGUACUUCAAUACACCGCCUUUGUUUGAUGCACUCGAGAUUCGUGUUCCGCUCCCGGCUGAUGAUGCUGCUUGGGAUGCUCGUACCUCUACCCAGUGUGCCGAGGCCCUUGGUCUUCAUGGCCCGAGUGUUGCACGCGAUAUAAACAUGGCAGGUAGCCGACGGCCGAAGCAGCCAGAAAUGCAUAGCGCUCUUGAGACGUUGAUGCGUCCCGAACUCGAUCUUCAACCCGGAACAACGAAUUUGUAUUCAAAAUUCAUUUUGAUUCAUUCCCUGCACGUACAACUGUGGGCAGCUCAGAAACAACUAUCCCAAGAGCCAAAUCAGUCGAGCCUUCAAAACUACGGGUUGCCAUCCAGUACUUCGAGCACUCCUUUAUCUCAAAAUGAUUGGGUAAUUCGGGGUAUGGAUGGGACUGGAAGCGGCGGUCAUAGCGCGAGUAGUAGUGGGCGUGCAACUCCUGUUGAAGCUGCAGGUCAGUCGGCGACGAUGCAGCAGUUGAGAUCGACCACCAUUGCAUUCGAAAAGUGGAAGCAAGUCUGGGAUGAAGAUAUCGCCAUACAGUACCCACCCUCAUCUACGAGUUAUCGUCGCUUUGGAUUCUGCCGAGAUGGUGUUCAUUUCUACUGGCUAGGAAAAUAUUUGAUGAAGCACAGCCGCGGGACUGAACUGCAGAUGGCUCCUGACCAGCGCUUUGCACAGGUCAUGCAUCUAUUGAAAUACGUUAAGAAUUGGGUUGCGUCAGACAGUGCCAAGCGAGGAGAAGAACCUGGAUCGGUCAGCGAUAUCGACAAGGACUAUGGCAGUAAAGAGUUAACCUUGGACAUGGCGCAGCUUUUCAAACCAAUCAACAAACAAAUCGAUUCCCCUGUCGCGGGUGUACAUACGGGUAGGAACGGCAUGCAAUGA